ACAAUCAUAAUAUGGACAAAUUGAGUAGUAAUGUGUACCAAAUAAACUUAAAAUUACGCAAUUUCAAAUCAGGGCCAUAUGAAAUACCGUUUUAUGAAGAUUCCAAAAUCUUACCCGAUCAAAUACCUAAGAGUAACAUAGAAAGAUUGGAAAUAACAAACUGUAAUAUAAAUUUGCUGCCCGAAGAAGUAUAUACAUUAAAAAAUAUUAUUGACAUUAAAGUAAGUGAUAACAAUCUUACCGUAAUAAAUUUGACAGAUUUAGUAAAAAAUAAUAAAUUAAAUAAAAUUAAUGCUUCAAAUAAUAUUAUAACAGAGUUAAAUAAGAAUAGUAUAAAUGAAUUAACUAAUAACAAUCAUAUUGAGUCAAUAGAUUUAAGCCAUAAUUCAAUAUCAGAAAUUCCAGAUAAUUAUUUUGAAUACUUUAAAACAUUACUUCACUUAAAUUUAUCUUACAAUCACAUUAAGAAUUUUAAUUUUCGGACUUUUGAAGGUAUAUCAGCCCUUCAAACUUUACAAGUAUCCAAUAAUGAACUUUACCAAAUUGAGCAUACAUUAAUGAGAUUUAAUGAUUUGUUGGAAUUAACAUUGGACAAUAACAAUAUAAAGAUAUUAAUUGAAUCCAAUUUUCAAGUAAUGUCUAAAUUAGAAAAACUAAAUCUAAGCUCUAAUGCAAUACAAGAAAUUGAAGAGACGACAUUUCAAAAUCUUUCUGAACUGAGAGUCUUAGAUUUAAGUAAUAAUCAGAUUUCUUUUCUAUCAAAUAGCUAUUUUAAGAAUAAUAAUAAAUUACAAACAGUCUAUCUUUCUCAAAAUUUAUUAACGACUAUUGCCCCUGAAAUAUUUAAAGGAAAAUUAAUUGAACAUUUCCGUGUCAAAGAUAAUAAUAUCUCUAAUAUUAUAGAUAGUACCACAUUUAAUGGCAUUUGUGAACAAAACCUGGAUUUAAGUAACAAUAAAUUAUUAAGGGUGAAAACUAUAACUCUUGAUACUUGUAAAUUUCCAUUGGAAUCUUUGAAUUUGAGUCGAAAUUGUAUAUACAAUAUAUCUCAGGACGCGUUUAAAUCUUUCGAUGCAUUAUUGGUGUUAGAUUUAUCUUACAAUAAACUAAGUGAUGUGGAUUUUAAUAUUAGCCACUUUCAUAAAUUGGAAUAUUUAAAUAUCAGUCAUAAUGAAAUUAAAAAAAUUUCGAAAUUUAUUUUCCGAGCUCUUACUUCGUUGAAAACUUUAGAUUUUUCCCAAAAUAUUAUUACUGAAAUUGAAGAGCAUUCAUUUGAUGACCUUUCAAUGCUGGAGACUUUAUACCUAAAUAACAAUGUGAUAACAAUUGGACUGAGUUCAUAUGUUUUUCAAAAAUUAGUAGCAUUAACGCAGCUCGACAUUACGUACACUAGAAGCAAUACAUAUGAAAAUAAUACAUUUUCUGGUAUGAGCAGCCUUAAAGUACUAAAUUCAUCUCAUGGUGAAUUAUCAAUUUUAGCUUAUGGAGCUUUUCAAAAUACUGGUUCAUUAGAAGUUUUAGAUUUGUCUCAUAAUAUUUUGGAAUAUUUUAUUAUAGAUACUACUAGUAUUAUCAGUGUAAAUAAAUUGUAUUUAAAUAAUAAUAAAAUCAGAACUAUAUCUAAGCAGACUUUUUAUAAUAUGGUUAAUAUCGAUACGUUAUUUUUACAAAACAACAAUAUUAUGAACUUACAUCCAAGUUCAUUUAAUGUUCUGACUAAACUAUUACAUGUAAAUCUUGAAAAUAACAAGGAACUGAUAUUAAAUGGCGCAGUAUUUGAUAAUCUGCCAUCAUUAAAUGAUAUUUCAUUAAAAAAUGUUAAAAGAUCAUUUAACUUUCAAAAUUCCAAGAAUACUAGUGUGGCUAACCUAGACGUAUCGUUUUGUGAUAUUAUUGAUAUUAAUUUAUUAUUUAUUUACAACACUAAAAAUAUACUGAAUUUAAACUUAAGAUCAAAUAAAAUUAGAUUUAUUGACAAGCAUUCUUUUCAAAGUAUGCCCUAUCUGACAAAUCUUGAUUUAAGUUUUAAUUUAAUCACUAACAUUCAACCAGGAUCUUUUCUGAAAACGAAAAUGAUACGAUCAUUGAACCUUCAUGGUAAUGAUAUAUCACUAUUGCAAUAUGGUGUAUUCGAUGGACUCGAGAAUAUGAUUGAACUAAAUUUAUCUAGUAAUUUUUUGCAUUCCUUUGAACUUAAUGUAUUACACAGUAGUCCAGUAGUUUCAGUUAUUUCCCUUAAUGAUAAUGUUAUUGAGAAAAUAAAUUUCGAUGACUUCAUAAAUACAAAUGUAAAAAAGUUACUUAUAGGAGGUAAUAUAAUUCCUUGUAAUGAUUUGAUUAAAUUAAAAACAAAUGACUAUUUAUUGGAUAACUUAACAGUAACUUCAGAAAUAUUGGAUUAUCAUUCUGAAAAUGUUAAUGGAAUUACAUGCAGAACCGAACAAAGAAAAAACAAACAUCCGACAUUGGAUAACAGUGUACUGGGUAAUGUAACUACAGCGUUCGAUUAUUUAUCUAACGCUAUGGAAAUGUUCCGUAAUACAAUCGAAAAUUUUGCUAAAAGAAAUGAUGUAGACCAAAAUGAAACAAAAAAAAGUAUGGAGAAUGUUCUUAGUUCUAUAAACAAACUUAUUAAGGUAUACAAUGAAUCACAAACCGUAACUAAUAUUUAUUUAAAACAAUUAAUAGAAAAAAACAGUUCUCAAAUACAAUAUUAUAGUACAUCAGUACAAGAUCAUGUAAAAAGUGAUAAAGAUAAAUUUGUAAGCUCUGACAUUCCCAUAUAUGUCACCUUGGCGUGCCUCGUUGUAUUGUUAGGAUUAGGUGCGUUCUUCAUGUAUAAUUAUUAUAAAUGGCGAAACAGUUUAAGUAGAGACAACCAUUUACCAAGUACUCAAAGGUUGACAAGUAGUGCCAUAGAAUUGACGUAAACCAAAUAAUUAUAAAGUUACUAGCUGUCCCGGCAAACGUUGUUAUUUUGCUAUAUGGCAAAAUAACGUUUUCCGGGACUUAAGUAGUAAUAGUGUUUAAGUACCAAAAAAAUGUUAGUGAUGGACAACCCUUAUCACUUAGGGGUAUGAAAAAUAGAUAGUAGCCGAUUCUCAGACCUACUGAAUAUGCAUAUAAAAUUUCAUAAAAAUCGGUGAAGCCUAGCCGUUUCGAAGGAGUAUGUAACUAACAUUGUGACACACGAAUUUUAUAUAAGAUUAUUUAUUUAAUAGUGAUUAUUUGUAGGUAUAAAAUAUAAUAUUAAUAAUAAUAACGACGAUGUCGAGAAGACCACUAGUUAUAAAUAAAUAUAUAGAUUGCUAUUUCAUAAUCGCUGAUUGU